UGAUAUGGGUCACAUGAUCAACUAUUAGCAAACAAAGAGUGGAAAAUAGAUCUCUCUAUAAUCUCUUAUCUUGAUCAGUAUCACUAGUAUCAGCCAACUGAACCCCAAGUGAAUGUAUGCCGAUGUAACUUGACUCAAAACAAGUAGCCUACGGCAAUUAGAAGAUCUAGAUCUAGAUCUAGUACACAGGCACAUCUGCAACUUCAACUGUAUGCUGUAGAUCUACUCAGACUACUGUGUGAUUAUUGUGUUGAGGACGUUUCAGUGCUUUACUCCGAGAAGACACACAAUGGGGUCCUACGGCUUGGUGGUCGUUGCCCUACUCUUCCUGACAGAAUUUGACAAGUUGUUGGUGGGUGCCGAACCUUUCAACAUAGUUGCUGACUCUGGAAACAGUUUGAAAUUUCAGCAAGAAAAUACUCAAGGUGAUCAGAUUUCUCAAAAGCUCAUGAGGGAAUCGCAUGUUAGUGAGAAACAGGGGUCAUGUGACUGUGACAACGAUGUGUCCCUGAAGUGGGAAUCCGGUUCCUGUAAAUCCGUGCCCAGCAAUGAUAUACCUUUGCAUGUGAAUGGUAUUUUCCCAAGCAUAACGGCGACAGCGAGCAGUGGGCCCAAGCGCUCUGAGUGUGGCACAGGUGCGCUGAUGCCGUGGGCAGACAAACUCUACAUGGUUUCAUACCUGUCGGUGCCAGAGGGCGGGAAUGGCACUGGACUAUACGAAAUUGAUGAAAAUUUCAAGAUGACAAAACUCAGAGAACACAAUGCCACUUUUGCCAAUCGCCUUCUGCACAGACAAACAAAUCAGAUCAUUAUUGGAGCAUGGGCUAUUGACAUGCAGGGCAAUAUCAAUACUUUUAGUGGCUUACUAAAAGUUCGAGUUGCAGCAACUGCUGAACACCUUACAAGCGCAGCAACUUCUGUUUACAUGCUUGGAAUGGAUGGACCGUUGUGGGAAUGCAAUGUUGUCACUUACAGUUGUAAACAGCUGUUUGAUCUUGUCAAAGAAUUGAAGAUUCCGGCGUCAGUUGGCGAGCAGCCUCAUUUUAAAGCAGCGCACACAAUGAAUGGUCGACUGGUUGUAACAAGCAAUACAUUUGAAGAGGCAGAUUAUAUUGGACUUUACCACGGUGGACGUCUAGCAGAGUGGAAGGGCCCGGGUUCUAACUGGACCAUUCUAGAGGAGACUGCUUUUGUUGAAGUUACAGGACGAAGGAACUUUGGGCGGGUGAUGUAUGCCUUGGGCUGGGAUUAUCGGUCAGUCAUCCUGAAAGUUUUUGAUGGCAGGAACCCAGACUACAACUACUGGCAGACGUACAGGUUACCUAAAGCUUCCCACGCAUACGAUCACCUCUGGCAGACAGAGUGGCCUCGUAUUAGAGAGGUGGAAACUGAACGCUACUUAAUGGAUAUGCACGGAAUGUUUUACGAGCUGUCUCCUCUGGGCUGGGCAGGCAGUACCUGGGGUCUCCGACCUAUCUCACAACACUUGAGGAUGAUUCCGGACUUCACAUCUUUCAGGGGAUUUCUGGUGCUGGGUGGCAACCAAGUGUCUUCCAUAUUUGACAACAAUGUGGUCACCGGUCAGGCUCAGUCGGGUUUGUGGUUUGGAAAGACCGAUGACCUGUGGAGUUUCGGGAAACCUCAGGGAUGGGGGGCUGUGUGGCGAUCAGACCUGGUCUUUAACAAGAAUAUCUCGGAUCCCUAUCUGAUGACGGGCUUUGAUAAGAAGGUGGUACAUGUCAUGACUCACGACUCUUGUGAUCAGGCAGCGUUUACCAUUCAAGUGGAUGUUUCUGGUGCUGCAGGUCAUCGAUCUUUGGAUGACUGGGCAAGUGUGUACCGAAUGUCACUUACGAGAGGAUCGACUUAUCAGUUUUAUGUUUUCCCAGAGGGUUUCAGUGCUCACUGGGUCAGGCUUUUGUUUUCCACUGAUCAGUUGGAGCCAUGCACGGUCACGGCUUACUUUCAUUACACCUGAACAGUAUGAUUUAUUCAAACUCACAUUCUGAGCUCCUAGUACCAGUCUUCUUCGUGAUGCAAGUAAGCUUUUUUAUUGGCUGUAGUUGUAUAUUUGGUAAGUGUCUGUCCUCUGUCCUCGUUUUUAGAACUGUUCAGUGCAGCAUGUUGUUCCUGUGCAAAGUGGCCACUCUGGAAUUAUAAAGUUCUUUUUGCUCAGUACCUGGUUUUGAGAAAUUUGACAUAAAAAAUGUUGUUUCACAUGUCAAGCUUUUUCGAAUGCAAGUCUUUGAAUAUCUCGAUAAAGACUCUGAAUAAUUUCACGAUUUUGAUAGAGCAGAUAGAACAUUUGGUUUCUGACCUCAUGGUCUUAGUAUUCAAAAUGGCCAACAAUGUCAGAUAGAACUUUGUAAUUCUGAGGUAGCUAUGUGGCUCAGUCAUAACAGACUUGUCUCCUCGGUGUGCCAUCUGAUUUUAAAAAUAAAAAUGAAUAAAAUUAACACAAAGUCUCUCUAGCCGAGUGCUUUCUCACAAGAACAGCUGCCAUUGAUUCAUGAUAAUUAUUUCCGUUCAAUGACAAUAACAGGGUAUAAACAUUCAUAUGUGACAAAGACAACAUGCAACAGAAAAAGUUAUAAACUUAAAAGUCCUGGUGUCAUCCUUAAUAAAUCUAAUCAGCAGUAAAUCUGUCGUUGUAGUAUCAAUGGGUUGUAUCCAUGCCUGUGAUUUGAGCAGCUAUUUCGGUUCCAUUCCUCCUUAUUUCUGAAUCAUCAAAUACGCUUUUGCCGGGUUAAGCACUGAAGAGUCCUUGCUACUGGUGUGUGUGUGUGUGUGAUGUAAUGGUUAGGCUUUUUGCUGUUGCUUUCAAAAGAGGUGGAGUGGAUUCCUAUACUAUAUAUAAAGCAGUUAUGUUAUCAAGUAUUUCCGUCUGCUUGGCUUUGAUGUGGUGGCCAUUUUAAGUCUAGGGUAAGGUCUGGCACACAGAGUGGAGGUAGCCCGCUCCCUAGAUGGUCUAUAUUUGUUGUGGUUGAUUGGAUAAUAAUUUUCAGCAAGCAGAACACUUUGCUGUCUUUUGUGUCCUAUGAACUCUCUUACAGUAGAGUUACUGUUUUACAGGUUUGGCUCGUUAACCUAGUGGAAAGGAUACCAGUUGUGGGUUCUGGGGUUCGAGCGUCAGCUCUGUCCAGCAUUGUGUCCUAGGGAAAGAUACUUGACAUGAAUUUCCCGCUUACACGGUCCUUUCGGAGAUGGACGAUAAACUCAGAGGUCCUGCCUCUUAAAUAACUUGAUAGUGUUGAUAGUGUUACACCUAUACCGUUUCAUCAUUCCUAUUUUUGCAUUAUAAAAGUAAGGACUAAAAUAGGUGCGAGGGUAAAACUUUCCACUCAUAGUAAUUGCCUUUCCUCUUAAACAAAAAAAAAUUGUUUGAGUGCCCUUGAGUGGGAUCUGGAAGAGUCCAUUUUUAAUAUCCCACAACAUUGUAAUCAGUAAUUUUAAAUGCUUUACUUUGCCAGUAUUUUUGGCUCAUAAGACAUAAAGUUGGUGCUUUUAUUCUUACUAGUCAUAAGCCUAUUCUCUGCUCUGUAACAGCAAGUUUAGUUUAAAAUAUAUGUAAAUGCUAGUAUUUUCAGCUUAAAAAGACAAGUUUCAAGCUACAAACAUGUUUUAUACACACCAAGUUUUAGGAAAAGUAUGAUGAUUUGGUAUAUAUGAAAAUAUGAUCGUAGUUCAAGCAAGCAGAUAUUUCUGUUUAAUGAGCAAAAAAAA